GUAUAUUUAAUAGUUUGGUUUUUUUAUUUUAUUUUAAUUUUUUAUAAAUUUUAUUUGGAAAUUCAGGUUAAACUUUACAAAGAUGAACAGAAUGUAAAUUGAUUGAACAACUAAAAACAAAAUGUCUAAUCUUAUUGUUAUCAAAGUAAACCUUGAGGCAUUGGAAAUUGUCAAAACAUUCCAGUUUGAACCAUCUUCGACUAUUCAAGAAGUCAUCAAUUUAACACGGCAAAAAAUACCUGAAGCUGCUCCAAAACCGAAUCAAAACUAUGGAAUCUUUUAUGUUGACCAAAACGAUGUUUUAAAAAGUCAAUGGCUUGAGAAUGAUAGGACUCUUGAAUUUUAUGGAAUAGUUAAUGGGACUGAACUCAUAUAUCGAGAUAAGCACAGAUAUUUAAAAGUCAAAAUGUUGGAUGGAUCUGUCAAAACAGUCAUGAUUGACGACAGCCAAACUGUUGGUGUUGUGUUAGAAACAAUAUGUGAAAAAGUUGGUAUAACAAAUGUUGAAGAAUAUUCACUGUUUAUUGAAGAAAGUAAAGAUGAAAAAAAGGAAGAAUUUUCUACAGGAACUAUUGGAAGAAAGGAUAAUAAAUCCGUAAAAACUAGUACUUUACUUAAAGUUGAAGAAAGAGACAAACAAAAAAUGAGAACUUUGAAAAAAAAGUUGCACACUGAUGAUGAAACAAAUUGGCUAGGUCAUGAUAAAACAUUACGUGAAGCUGGUGUACAGGAUGAUUCAAUGGUAGUUUUAAGACGAAAAUACAUGUAUGAGCAAAGUGUCAACAUUAAGAAUCCAGUUGAGAUAAAUCUGCUUUAUGUUCAAUCUCGAGAUGCUAUACUUAAUGGAACACAUCCUUGUACAAUUGAUGAAGCCAUAAAGUUUGCUGCAUAUCAAAUUCAAAUUCAACAUGGUGAUUUUGAUGAAAGUCGUUAUAAAUCUGGUUAUAUUGAUUUAAAAGACUUUCUUCCUAAAGAAUAUCUAAAGAAAAAAGAAGCAGAAAAGAGAGUUAAAGAGGAACAUAAAAAUAUAAUGGGAAUGGAUGCCCUGAACUCAAAGUAUAAGUAUAUUCAGCUAUGUCAGAACUUACAAUCAUAUGGUGUGACAUUCUUUUUAGUUAAGGAAAAAAUGAAAGGAAAGAACAAACUAGUACCCAGGUUACUUGGUGUCAAUAAAGAAAGCGUUUUACGUGUAGAUGAAAAAACAAAGCAGGUUUUAAAAAUAUGGCCUCUCACUCAAGUACGUAGAUGGGCUGCAUCCCCAAAUAGUUUUACUUUAGAUUUUGGAGAUUAUACUGAAGGCUAUUACUCUGUUCAAACUUCUGAAGGUGAACAAAUAAGUCAGCUAAUUGCUGGUUACAUAGAUAUAAUACUUAAGAAGCGAAGAGCUCAUGACAUGUUUGAAGGUGAUGGAGAUGAAAGUAGUGUCAUGCUAGAGGACACAGUUCUUCCUUCUCGUGCUACUGUUCUACAGCAUCAAUCCAAUCGGGCAAAACAACCUGAGUCUGGUAAUGUGGCUAUUCCAGCUGUCAUACGUGCUGGUGGCCAAGGCCCAAGCUCCUAUGAAGUUCGUAGCAUGCCAGAUGAACAAUCACUAAGUACCCGCAAUAUGUCGCAUACUGGUCAUCAACCACCUAUGGGACAUCAAGCACAAAUGUUGAACUUUACAGCCGGACAGAAAGCGUUGAUGAAAAAUGUUACUGAUGGUCAUGAAAGAAUUAGAGUUGUUAUUGAAGAUAUGUCAGAAACUGCUGAUUUGAUACCUGAUUUAGGAAAUGACCCUCAAUCAUUGAAGUGGAAAGAUAACCAGAUGGAAAUCUCAAAAAAUAACAUAUCAAGUCGUUUAGCUGCUAUGUCUGCUGCAACUGCUGCCAUAAUAUCUUUAACCUCUGGUGAUCCAGAGGGAUUUAAUUACACAGCAGUAGGAGCUGGAGUAUCAACAAUAACUUCCAACCUUGAAGAUUUAGUUCAUGGAAUCAAGUUAUUAGCUGCUUUAAUGGAUGAUGAUAUGAAUAGUCAUUCCUUAUUAGAUGCUGCCAAGAAACUGACUAGCGCAUUUUCUGAUCUUUUAAAUAAUUUGAACAUGGUAGAUGGAAAGCCAAGACAAGACAUACUUACAAGUGCAGGUGAUAUUGGUUCAGCAAGUGGUAGUAUUAUGACUGUAUUGGGUGAUCCUGAUACAGAUGUUGAAUUUCAAGAACUUCUUCUUCAGCUAGCAAAAGCAGUUGCAACAUCUACUGCUGCUCUUGUUCUUCAAGCCAAAAAUGUUGCAAGUUUAUCUGGAGAUACAGCAGUUCAAAACAGCAUUAUUGAUGCUGCAAAAGAAACUGCUAUGACAACUUCUCAACUAGUUGCAUGCGCUAAAGUAUUAGCUCCACAUAUUUCAAGCCCUGUGUGUCAAGAGCAAAUGAUUGAAGCUGCUAAGUUGGUAGCCACAAGUGUUGAUGGAAUAGCUGAUGCUUGUUAUGCUGUUACUGAUGAUGAGGAUACUACAAAUAAAUUAAAAAAUUCAGCACAAGCUGUUACAGAUGCAUUAAAUAAACUUCUUCAACAUAUUCGUGAUGGCUCCCAUGUAAAGAUUAAUGGGCAAUAUGACAGUGCUUGUGAUGAUAUCUUGAAUGCUACAGAUAGGUUGUUUAAUAGCAUGGGAAAUGCUGGUGAAAUGGUUAAACAAGCUAAAAUACUAGCGCAGGCUACUUCCCAACUUGUGAAUGGCAUUAAAGGUGAUGCUGAAGGUCAAAGUGACGAUGACUCACAAAAAAGAUUACUUGCAGCAGCUAAGUUACUUGCUGAUGCUACUGCUAAAUUAGUUGAAGCCGCUAAGGGAGCAGCACGCAAUCCUAAUGAUAAGAGUGAACAAGAAAAGUUAAAGAAUGCUGCCGAGGAUUUACGUGUAGCCACUAAUGCUGCAGCAAGUAAUGCUUUGAAAAAAAAACUGAUUGCUCGUUUAGAAAAUGCUGCAAAACAUGCUGUAGCAUCUGCUACACAAUUGAUAUCUGCCUCUAAAGCAGCAGAAGCCUCAAAUCGUAAUCCAGCAUCUCAAAAUCAAAUGGAAGAUUCUGGAAAGGUUGUUAAUGAUAGCUCUGGUGAACUAAUAUUUAGUAUCAGAAAUAGCCAACGUCACCCUGAUAUUCCUGCAUCACAACUGGGUCUUAUUACAUCUUCAAUGAAUUUUAUACCGGCUUGUGCAAAGUUUAUUGCUCAUUCAAAAGCUGCUGUGCCAACAGUUGGCGACAAUGCUGUUGCUCUUCAACUUUCAAAUGCUGGUAAAAAUGUGCAAAAUUCAUUAAAUGAAUUGCGCUAUGCUGCUGAAAAGGCUGCAGAAGCAUGUGGUUCUCUUGAAAUUGAUAAUGCUUUAGCUGCUGUAAAAGCUCUUGAGGUUGAACUAGAAGAAAUUCGAAGCCAAGCUGAUAAAGGACAGCUUAAAUCUUUUCCUGAUGAAAAUGCUGAUGAUCGUGCAUUAGAAGUUGGCGCCACGUCCAAAACUGUUGGUGCUUCAAUGGCACAAUUGUUAACUGCAGCUGCUCAAGGAAAUGAUAGUUAUACAGGCAUUGCAGCUCGUGACACUGCAAAUGCAUUGAAAGUUCUUUCAAAUGCUGUUCGUGGAGUUGCCUCAACUUCAAAUGAGUCCAAAGAUCAGCAAGCUAUUCUUAAGGCAGCACAAGUUGUGAUGCAUGAGUCAGCAAAUCUCAUUGAAGAAGCAAAGACAGCAUUAGAAAAUCCAAGUGAUCCAGAAAACCAACAAAAGUUGGCGCAAGUGGCUCGUGGUGUAUCCCAUGCUCUGAAUAAUGUAGUUAACUGUUUGCCUGGACAAAGAGUUUUAGAAGAUGCCAUUGAAGAAAUUGCAGAAGCCAGUCAAUAUCUUGCUUCUCCAGAUAUAAAAUUUCCUUAUUCAACUGACUCGUUCAGUCAAGUUCAAGAUCAAUUAAAUGCAUCAAGUAUCCAACUUAAUGCUGCCGCAAAUGAUGUCUUACAUGCUGCAAAAGGGCCUGGUGCUCAACUUUCUACUGCUUCAUUGAAAUUUUCUCAUUCCUAUGCAGAUUUUCAAGCAAGUGGUUUAACUUUGGCUGGACAAAUUAAAGAUAAAGCUGCACAAGAUCAAUUAAUUAAUGACUUACGUAAAACUUCAACUGUGAGCAGCAAGUUAUUGCUAGCAUCAAAAGCAUUGGCUGCUGAUCCUGGAGCUCCUAAUGCAAAGAAUCUCUUAGCUGCUGCUGCUAAGGGUGUUACCGAUGCUAUUAAUCAACUUCUUAAUCAAGCGUUGACUGCAGCUCCUGGACAAAAAGAAUGUGAUUCUGCUUUACGAAACAUAGAUGGUUUGGCUCAUGUUUUAGAAAAUCCAGUUGAGCCAGUUAAUGAAGCAUCCUUUUUUGAGUGCUUAGAACAUGCUUCAGAAAAAUCACAAGAGCUAGCUCGUAAUAUGCAAGACAUAACAAAUUCCUUAAAAAAAGAAGAUUCAGAAGGAUUUGCUAAUUCUGUUAGCUACGCAUCAGAUGCAGUUUGUCAACUAACUGAGUUUACUGCUCAAGCUGCUUAUUUGGUUGCUAUUGCUGAUCCUUCAAGUACUGCUGGCCAAGCAGGUUUAGUUGACCAAUCUCAAUUUGCUAAAGCUCGUGAUGCUAUUAUGGGAGCUUGUGAGGGUCUUCUUCAUCCCAAUGCAACUCAACAACAAGAUAAAGAGAAACUGUAUUUCCAGGUUUUAUCAGCUGCAACUGUAAUUGCAAAGCAUACUGCUGCACUUUGCAAUGCUUGCAAAGCUGCAUCUUCAAAGACAGACAAUCCUGUUGCAAAGCGUCAUUUUGUGCAAUCAGCUAAGGAUGUUGCUAAUAAUACUGCUAAUUUAGUUAAAUUUAUCAAGGUUUAUGCUAGUAGCAUGACACCCGAGAACCGUAAUAACUGCGCUAGUGCCACAGAACCAUUGUUAGAAGCUGUUAAUAAUCUUGUCACAUAUGCCUCUUCUCCUGAAUUUGCAUCGGUUCCUGCUAAAAUUAGUGCACAGGCUAAAGCCGCUCAAUAUCCUUUAAUAAUGUCUGGAAAAUCUAUGGUGACUUCCAGCUGUCAUUACUUUAUUACUGCUAAACAGUUAGCCUUGAAUAAUAAAGAUCAAGGAACUUGGCAACUUUUUGCUCAACAUUCAAAGACAAUGGCUGAUGCAAUGAAAAAAAUUGUUGCUGCAAUAAAGGAUAAUGCUCCAGGUCAACAGGAAUGUGAGUUGGCAGCUGAUACAAUUAACAAAGCUAUAAACAAAAUUGAUCAAGCUUCUUUAGCUGCUAUUAGUAAUAAUUUAAAACCAUCAAAUGAAGACUCUCUUAAGGGUUUUGAAGAGAAAAUGAUGUUGACAUCUGCUCAGCUUGGAGAAGCAGUUCCACAAACCGUAGAAUAUGCAAAAGGUUCUCCCGAAAAUAUUGGACACUCAGUUAUGAAAAUUGCAAAUCUUGUAAAUCCUCUUGCUGACUGUGCAAUUGGUUUUGCAUCAAAACUUCCUGGUGGUUCACAAAAACAAACUGAGUUACUUGAUACAGCAAAAACUGUUUGUGAAUCUGCUUCUCACUUAGUAUAUGCUACAAAGGAUUCAGGUGGAAAUCCAAAGGCUUUGAGUUUCCACCCAGCUGUUGAUGCUGCUGCUCAAGACUUAUGUGAAGCACUUCGUGAUCUUACUCAACAACUUGAGGAAACUGCUGGAGACACUGGAGCUGUUAUGGCUCUUGUUGAUUCUAUUAACAAAGCACGAACUUCGAUCAAUGUGUAUGUAGCUGAUUAUCGUAGAGAUCCCAAUAGUCCUCCUGGUGCUGAAACCGCUUCGUUUGUUGAUUUCCAAGAUAAUAUGGUUAAAAAAUUAAAAGAUAUUACUAGAGGUGCUCAAGAUAUGGUUGGUAAGGCAACCUCAAAGCCAAAAGAGCUAGGUGCAAUAAGUCAGGAGAUGUGUAAGAACUAUAAUGAAUUAACAGAGAACACUAAAAAUGCUAUUAGAGUUACUAUUCAAUUAGAUAUAGCUGAUCGAUUAAAGACUAGUGUUAGUGCAUUAGGAGAUUCUUGUGGAUCUUUAAUCCAGGCAGCUAGUUGUGUUCAGUCAAGUCCUAGUGAUCCUUUUGCUAAAUCUGAACUUUCAGAUAAAGCUCGAGAUGUGACUGAAAAGGUGUCUUAUGUGUUAGCAACAUUACAAGCAGGAUCUGUAGGCACCCAAGAGUGUAUUAAUGCAAUUUCCACUCUAGCUGGAAUAGUUGGUGAUAUUGAUACCACUGUUAUGUUUGCUCAAGCUGGUACAUUAAAUCCAGAAAAUGAAGGGGAAACGUUCAGUGAUCAUAGAGAAAUAAUUUUAAAAACAGCAAAAAAUUUAGUAGAAAAUACAAAGAACUUAGUUGUUGCAGCACAAGGAAGCCAAGAGCAGCUUGCAACAUCUGCUCAAAAUGUGUUGUCAAGCAUGACUAAGCUUGUUGAUAAUGUUAAACUAGGUGCUAUUGCAUUAGGUGCUGAUGACCAAGAGGCUCAAACUAUGUUACUUAUGGCUGCAAAAGAUGUGGCUGUUGCAUUAACAGAUUUAAUAAAUUCAACUAAAAAUUCAUCAGGAAAGUCAGCCAAUGACCCAGCUAUGGAUACACUUAAAGUAUCUGCUAAGACUAUGGUAACCAGUGUGUCGUCCUUACUUAAAACAGUUAGAAGUGUCGAAGAUGAAGCCUCUAGGGGUGUACGUGCUAUUGAGUCUACCGUUGAAGCAGUUAAACAAGCAGUCAUUAACUUGCAAGUUGGAGAUCCAGAAUCUAAAGCUUCUCCUGAAGAUCUAAUUAGAGCAACAAAAGGAGUUACUUUAGCCACAGCAAAAGCUGUAGCUGCUGGUAACUCUGGUCGUCAAGAAGAUAUUGUGCAAGCCGCAAAUAUUGGUAGAAGAUACUGUACUGAGCUUUUAGUAAUUGUCAAGGCUGCUGCUUUUAAUUCUGAGUCAGAAUCCAUUCGCGUUGCUACCAUUGUUAAAGGUCGUGACACAGCUCAAGCUUAUUGUGAAGUUUUAGAUCAUGUUGCAUCUGUUAUAGUUCAUCCAACACCACAAAAGAAACAACAUUUAACUGUUUUAUCUAAGAAAGUAGCAUUCUCUGUUGCUGAACUUGUAAAAUCUGCAGAAGAACUUAAAGGGGCUGAUUGGGUCAAUCCUGAAGAUCCUAAUGUUAUUGCUGAAAAUGAGUUGUUAGGAGCUGCAGCAUCAAUUGAAGCAGCAGCAAGAAAGCUAGCAGAGCUUAAACCAAGAGCUCGACCAAGGGAAGCAGACGAGUCACUCAACUUUGAGGAGCAGAUUUUAGAAGCUGCUAAGUCUAUUACUGCAGCUGCUGGUGCUCUUGUUAAAGCUGCAACUGCUGCUCAACGUGAAUUAGUAGCUACUGGAAGGGUUUAUGCAGUAACAUCCACUGAUGAAGAUGGCCAAUGGUCUCAGGGUCUCAUCUCUGCUGCAAAUACUGUUGUUGGAACCAUUCUUCAACUGUGUGAGACAGCAAAUGCAGCUGUUCAAGGCAAUGCAACAGAAGAAAGAAUUAUUGCUGUAGCAAAAGGUGUAGCUAGCUCUACUGCACAAUUGCUACUGGCUUGUCGUGUGAAAGCUGAUCCCAAUAGUAAAGCUCAACGAAAUUUACAAAUUGCUGGUAAUGAUGUUAAACGAGCUACGGAAAUCCUUGUAAAUGCUGCAAAAUCAGAUAACACAGAAGUUAUUUCAGUAACCGUCAGUCAACGCAAAAUGACGGGAAUACGUCAAGAAAGAGAGGCAGAGAAUGAAGUACUUAAAAUUGAACGAGAACUCGAGGAAGCUCGACAAAGACUCGCUCAGUCAAGAAAAGCGCAAUAUAAGAAGUAAAAUUUAAUAGACUCGCCCAACCAUAAAAUUCGGUACAAGCUUGUCCGAUAAUGAAAAUCGCAAUAAAAAAGAUCUAAUUAAAAUAAAAGUAUAAUACUUUUUUUUAUUUUAAAGACUUGCAUCACUAGUUUGUUUGAAAACACGGAGAAGAAAUAUUGGUUGGUUACACGGUUCUGUAAAAUAAAUUAAAUUUUGAAGAAAAUUAUAAAAUGUUCUAAAACAUCAACUUUAAAAGAAAACGUUUUCUUUCUCUAAGAUGAUUAUUUUAUAGACAGCUAAACUUAUUUACCCAAAUAUUUUAUUAUCUGGAUAUUUUAUAAAUGCAUUAGUUUUAUCAACAGCUAUGUAUAAUAUUAUUAUUCUUUUCUUUUUUUUUUCUCUCUCUCCCUUUUUUUCCUGCACAGUGAAAUUUUAAAUUCUAUUAAAAGUAUACUAUUUCAGGUUUCAAUUUUUUAUAUUAUUAUUUAUGCGUGCAAAUAAAAACGUUUAAUUUAUCGACUUAAUACGUUUGUAUAAUUUUGUAACUUCUUUGCGAUCGCAAACGAUAUUAUGGUUGUACAUCAAUUUUUAACUAAAUGUAAUUUUCUUUUAACAAUUAAAAGAUGAUUAAAGAA